AUGCGGAGUGGACAGAGUCACCGUGAAGGGUCUAACGGUGAUGCAAAGGAUUUGAUGUUUGAUAUGGUAGACAUGAUUAAGUUAAGAGAGAUGGCUACAUCUAGCGACUCAAAGGAUUAUUCUUCGAGAAUGUAUCUGCCUGGAAAGUCUCCUUUGCGGAACCAUAACUUCAAUUAUGGCUGCCACUUAACAGAUUUGUCAAAACUGAGGGAGGGAUUAGGCGACGAGGUCUUCAAUGAUGUUAUGAAUGCAUCUGUAGUAGGAAAGGUAUGUGUGCACAAAGGUGUAGAAGUAUAUGUGGUAGAGUUGUUUGUACUUAAGAUAGAGCAUAGUGAAUUUAGGGCCGUUUUGGGUGUGAGUGCAUCAGAAAGUCCUAAUUGGUAUCAGCUAGGCUAUGUCUUGUCGAGAUGCCAGAUUUGGAUAGGUCGAAAGAAGAGAAUGGUAGCCAAGCUCUUCAUCUUGCAUGUUGGAAUAUUUGGUCUUCACCGGAACAGUAGAGUCCCUUUGAAGUGCGCUAAAAGGGUGUUAGAUGAAGAAGCUUUUGAGAAUUCACAGUGGAGUCGGCUUGCUUUCAAGAGUUUAGUAGAGUCCAUGAGAGUUGCUUCUUUUGAUAGAGAUAGUUAUACUCUUCAUGGAUUUGUGCAUGCGGUGCUUAUUUGGGCAUAUGAGUCAGUGUCUAUAUUGGGAGAACAGUUUGAGAAGAGAGUACAAAACGACCAAAAUCCUGAUACAAUUCCUCUCCUACGGUGGCAUUCAUCUCGUCCGCGUUUCAAUCUUGAGAAUGUUAUGGAACAGGGGAAACGUAAUUCAGAUGACAACAAGUUUGGUAGAUUUAUAGGUUCGUGUAAGCCAUUUGAGGUGAAUCCGGUGGAGGAGAUAUAUCCAUUUUGGCCUGAUGAAGACGCUAACCCAAAUGUUGAUAAGAAGCUGGAUAACAUGAUCCUAGAAAUUCUUGAUGGGUGCUUGGAUGAGUCGUUUUGGGCAAACUGUGAACCCGCAAUCAAGUUAUCCAAGAAAGAAAAAAGGAAGAAGCAUGUUGUUAUGAUGUAG